UGAAGGGCCAAAAUGAAAAGCAAGGACAGUUUCCGAAGAUAAUCACAUGUCCGAACGAGAUGGUGGCCCUGUCGAUGGCAGACGGCUACGCGAGACUCACAAACAAGCCUCAAGCCGUGGUCAUCCAUGUCGAUGUCGGUACACAGGGUCUAGGUGCAGCAGUUCACAAUGCGAGCUGUGGAAGAGCGCCGGUGCUGAUCUUCGCCGGUCUUUCGCCAUACACGAUCGAAGGAGAAUAUCGAGGGUCAAGAACAGAGUACAUCCACUGGAUCCAAGAUGUGCCAGAUCAGAAGUCCAUCGUGGCUCAGUACUGCAGGUACACGGGCGAGAUCAAGCGAGGCAAGAACGUCAAACAGCUCGUCAACCGAGCUUUGAGCUUUGCCGUGUCAGAACCAAGAGGCCCGGUCUAUCUGUGCGGCGCAAGAGAAGCUAUGGAAGAGGAGAUUGAGCCGUAUUCGGUCAAGCAAGAGCAUUGGACACCGGUCGAGCUGGGUGGCUUGAACACGCGACAGUUAGAGCAGGUUAGCAAAGCUUUGGUUGAAGCGAAAGAGCCACUGGUGAUCACAGGCUACUCGGGUCGAAAUCCUCGUACCGUGGAUGCGCUCGUGCACCUUGCGGAUACCGUGAAGGGCCUUCGAGUACUGGAGACUGGCGGCAGCGAUCUAUGCUUUCCCCACAAUCAUCCCGCUUCGCUCGGGCUACGAUAUGGCAACGAUGAAAGCAUCAGAACCGCCGACACGAUUCUUGUUCUCGACUGCGAUGUGCCUUGGAUCCCCACACUGUGCAGGCCUCGCCCGGAUGCAAAAAUCUUCCACAUCGACGUCGACACGCUCAAGCAACAAAUGCCCGUCUUCUACAUUGACGCUAUCGCGAGAUAUAAAGUCGACUCGGAGACAGCCAUCGCGCAGAUCGUUGGAUACAUCAAGUUGACCAUGCAAGACAUUGUGAGCUCACAGAUUUUCGAGGAUAGAUGGACAGCACUUCAAGCAUCCUAUAACGCUCGACUGGAGAAGAUCGCUGCUCAGGCGAAGCUGGGCAAUGAUGGCACUUUUGGCCCCGCAUACCUCGCUCGCCAGGUCCGCGAUGCGUGUCCGCCAGACACAAUCUGGGCCAUUGAAGCCGUCACCAACGGACCGACCGUCACAGAUCAAAUCCGACCCACGAUCCCAAACUCGUACAUAAAUUGCGGUGGUGGAGGUUUAGGCUGGUCAGGAGGCGGCGCCCUCGGCAUCAAACUCGCAACCGACUUCGAAGCAGGCGGCAUCAACAAAGGCAAAUUCGUCUGCCAAAUCGUAGGCGACGGAACAUACCUCUUCUCCGUCCCCGGAAGCGUAUACUGGAUCGCACAACGCUACAACAUCCCCAUAUUAACCAUCGUCCUCAACAACCAAGGCUGGAACGCUCCACGAAAAUCUCUCGAACUCGUACAUCCGCAUGGCGAGGGCUCGAAAGUCGACAAUAAGGCUUUGAAUAUCUCGUUCGCUCCUACGCCGGAUUAUUCGGGAAUUGCGAAGGCUGCGUCGGGUCAUAAGGCUUGGGCUGGUGUGGCGGGUACGGCGGAGGAUUUGGCGAGGCUUUUACCGGAAGCUGUUGCUGCGGUUCAGAGUGGGGUUUGUGCGGUGCUUGAUGCGCAUUUAGAUGGGCCGGAGGGGAAGUAUCCUGGGCCUCAGGCGGCGUUGGUGGGCUGAUGCAACGUCCAUUGUCGAGCUGAUUGAUGCUGUAACGGUUGAUGCGUGGGAUGUCUGCGUAGAGGCAAGAUUUAUAUAUAUAAGCCUAAUCGAAGCUUAGCGCAAGCUUAGAAU